UCUGAGUUCUACAAGCAAGAGAAGCUCUGCAUACCGACUCUGCAACAUGUUCAGGCAAUCGUCUUCUCGCGCCUUCAUCGCAAUGGCGAUCAUUGUGGUGCAUUUUGUGGCGUUUAGGUCUGCAGCUGUCACCGCUAAUGCUGGGGGGGAGGAGUCUGUCCUUGAAUUUUACAUGCAUGACAUUCUCGGCGGUGGCAGCCCUACAGCGAGACCGAUUACUGGCCUACUGGGGAACAUAUACACUGGUCAAGUACCCUUUGCCACACCUAUAGACUUCCUUCCCCCAGACGAUGGCAUAGCAAUUCCAAAUGCUAAUGGUGCUCUCCCCACUGUUAAUGGCAACAAUGGGAUCCCUCUAGGGACUGGCUUGUCUGGUACUGCUUUUGCUGGAAAUCCCAACCCACAAAAUCUUCCCCAGACCCAAUUGGGACCUGAUGGGUUGGGACUAGGCUUUGGAACGAUUACCGUCAUCGAUGACAUCUUGACCACAGCACCGGAGUUGGGCUCACAGUUGAUUGGCAAGGCACAAGGGGUGUAUGUGGCUAGUUCUGCUGAUGGGACUACACAGAUGAUGGCAUUUACGGCCAUGGUUGAAGGAGGAGAGUAUGGUGACAGUCUCAACUUCUAUGGAGUAUUCAGGAUUAAUAGCCCCUCAUCACAUUUGUCUGUGACUGGAGGAACUGGCAAGUUCAAGCACGCACGUGGGAUUGCAGAGGUGCGCUCGCUCAUUCCUCCUGGCCAGCACGUCGCUGAUGGAGCAGAAACAUUGCUGCGAUUCAUUGUCCAUCUAAGCUAUUGAAAACCAAUAUGGUGAACAAAGAACAAUGCAAUUUAUGUGAGGUUAUGAAUGCAAUCAUGGUCUGUAGUUUCUAUCAAAUGCAGCAGCAAGUCAAAAAAUGUAAUCGAGUCUUAUAAAAUUUAAAUAUUUCUAAGUUGUAAUUCUGUUGUGAUCAUAUCGUGAGUAAACUUUGAUGGAUUUCAUGA